AUGGCGACAUGCUCUAGUGCAUUUGAAGUCGAAGAGAAGGAAAGGGAGUUCGAAGAGAAUGAGAAUGGAUCUCCCAAGCCCUAA